CCUUCGUUCUCGGUUCUCGGUUUGCGGCGCUCCAUACAUAUGUAGUUUCGGCACGGCAGGGCUCGGGAGCUACUGUCAUGUCUGUAAUGGCGGGGACAUUGAAAUCUCUGCAUGUCGCCAAAUCCGGCAGCUUCAGAGAGGUCAUGGGCUUUGCGGCUAAUCGCUAGCAAGUAUGGGAUACUAUGUAUGGACUUCAGAACAUCAUUUGUCCAUAAAUCUCGAACGAAAACAGGCCAGGGGUAUAGGUGAAUUGCGGGGCAUAACGGCUGCUGUCCCACAAACACGGUAUGGAUACGUGAUACACCAUCGAUAUGCUAGACAUCUUCCUUGCCUAUAUGGAGAUGUGAAUAGCCCAAUGCCUAUUAUAUAUCGUUUUAUAGGUGUUGUUCGCCAGCGUUCGAAAUCACCCGAUAGCGACGCUAAAGAGUCCUCGAUAUCUUGUUUUGCCAUGAUCCCGAACACCGCAACACAGUACAUUGUACUACACCAGCCUCGAAACAGCCAAGACCAAGUAUCAACUAACCAGGUUGCUCGAUCGAGAUGCCGAGUUUGGGUUAAGAGGCGAAAGAUGGCAUGGCAACCUUGUCUUAAUAAUAAAACUAGAACGUUAGGACGAGGCUACCUAGCAAUGCUGGUGGUCAUGGGUUUCCGACAUCUCGGGACUAUUAUUUACUCUGUAGCAACACAAGGCUGACGACAGGCAAUAUCACGUAACAAGUGUCACUAAUUCAGGAUUUAGUAGGAAACCUCUAAGCCACUGUUUAGUGAUCCGGCAGAAACAAUAUCAACCUAAUAUCAAACACGGCUUUAUCAAAGCCGGUAUUUGUUCGUAACACUACUACGACAGCAAUAUCCUUGCCUUGCUCUCUAUCUCGUAAACAAGACCUGAUAUCUACAAGUUUUGCGAUUAGUGGAAUGCCGUAGUGCCGUCGCCAGAUACGAAUUUGCGGUACACAGGACAUAUGGAGCCAGAGUCGCGAGUCGUUACAGGUUGUUGAUAUGGAUGAACGUAUGUAUCAUGUCUCCUACCGAAGAAAUAAUAUGUACGGAAUAAACGAAUAGACGGUGACUAGAAUUGCCAAUCGAAAUCAUUUUUGCGGGCCCAUGGGCCGAAACCUCCGAUUUGCAUCUUUUGGCUCGGUAAGUCUUUUUCUUUUUUGGGGUUGUUUCGCCCAGUUCGCC